AGUGCGCGUGCGCGGUGACGCGCGGGGCCGUGCCCGCUAUAUGAGCCCCGGCAGGCGCUGACUCGGCCCUUUCCGCCCCGCUCCCGCCCCGCGCCCGGGUCGCUGCGCUGAGACCCCGCGCCCCCACCGCCCCCCGCCGCCGCCAUGAUCAUCUACCGGGACUGCAUCAGCCAGGAUGAGAUGUUCUCGGACAUCUACAAGAUCCGGGAGGUGGCGGACGGCCUGUGCCUGGAAGUGGAGGGGAAGAUGGUCACCAGGACAGAGGGUCAAAUUGAUGACUCUCUAAUUGGUGGCAAUGCCUCUGCUGAAGGUCCUGAGGGAGAUGGAACAGAAGCCACGGUCAUAACUGGUGUUGACAUAGUAAUUAACCACCACCUUCAGGAGACCAGCUUCACAAAAGAAUCCUACAAGAAGUACAUCAAGGAUUACAUGAAAGCAAUCAAAGCCAGACUUGAGGAACACAAGCCAGAGAGAGUAAAGCCUUUCAUGACCGGGGCUGCAGAACAAAUCAAACACAUCCUUGCCAACUUCAAAAACUACCAGUUCUUUGUAGGGGAGAACAUGAAUCCAGAUGGAAUGGUGGCUCUCCUGGAUUUCCGUGAGGAUGGUGUGACCCCAUAUAUGAUUUUCUUUAAGGACGGCUUAGAAAUCGAGAAAUGUUAACAAAUCAAACAGUAUGGUUUUGGAUCACUUGUCUUCAUAGCUGGCUGCUGUUUCUUCUUCAUCGGCACAACACCAGGAAUCAGCAAUGUCUAACAACUGGACUGAUGUCAUCUUGAGCUUUAUUCACUUAUUUUUGACCCUGAUUUGGAGUGGAGGCAUUGUUUUCAAAAACAAAAAAAACAUCUAUCAUGUAGGUUGUCUAAAAUAAAACUCAUUUAAACCCA